GCUGGUGUUGACGGAAACACGCUGGCUCGACAUCUGGUGGAGGAUUGCGGCGCUGAAGGCGCGACUCUGCAUCCCGACCCAGAAAUUGUGACCGCCCGACGUCAAGCUGAGGAGCAGUUGCUCCUGCAACAGCAGCAGACAGCAGCCAUGCUCUACACCACGGGUGGUGGGUUGUCGCUGAUUGAAGACAACGCCCAGAUGGCAAAUACACAGCUCUAUCUCAGCGAGCCCCUGCCCGAAGGCACUGCCAACGAAGGCCUCGUCGCUCAGUAUGCCAGUGCAAACGGCAUUCCAAUGGUGCUGAACACCGAGGAUGGCCAACUGCCAGAGGGGGCGACCAUCGACUUCACAACGCCCGGCGGCGACGUCAUCCAGCGUCUAGUGCUGCCCGAGGAUCUGCAUUUAGAGGCUGGCCAGACCCUGGUCCUGAUCCAGGGCGAAGAUGGACAGCCCCAGUUUGCCAUUGUGAACCAAGCAGAAUGGGAGGCCAACAAUCAACAGCUCAUGCUACAGCAAGAAGAGGAAACAAACCAACUUCUCUUAUAUGGAAAUAUGGAACAACAACCGAGAGCCGUCUCCGAAGAGGAGAAGGAAAAUCAGUUUGCGGCAUAG